AUGGAUAUCUCAAUUUUCUUCCUUCUUCUGUGUCUGCUGCAAUCUCCUCCUCUAUUUUCAUCUAAAACAUUUGACAUUCUCAGAGGCUCAUCUCUAUCUGUUGAGAAACCAAGCGACAAUUUGGUUUCUGCAAAUGGAGAUUUCUCAGCUGGGUUUUUCUCUGUUGGGGAUAAUGCUUUCAGCUUUGCCAUAUGGUUCACAAAAUCCUCAGUUCCCACCAUUGUUUGGAUGGCAAACCGAGAUGACCCUGUUGAUGGAAGAGGCUCAAAGCUUUCACUUUUGAAAGAUGGAAGCCUUAUCCUAACAAAUUCUGCUGGCAACACCAUUUGGAGUACACCUGCAGCCUCGACCUCAUUAGAUGCAUCCAAUUUGCAACUACAACUCCUAAACAUAGGAAAUCUUAUUCUUCAUAAUUCUGAUGAUCAGAAUGUUGUCAUCUGGCAAAGCUUUGAUUCACCUACAGACACUCUUCUUCCUCUACAAAAACUAACCAGGGUUUCAAGCCUCAUCUCCAAAAAAAGCCAAUUUGACUAUUCUUCUGGCUACUAUAAGCUCCAAUUUGAUGAUGAAAACGUGCUCCGCCUGCUUUACCAAGGUCCAACAGUAUCCAGUCUCUACUGGCCUACUCCAUGGGUUAAUGACCCUGAAUCAAUCGGAAGGAUCAAGCACAACACUAGUAGAGAUGCUGUACUAAACAUCUCUGGCUAUUUCCAGUCAUCCGAUAAUUUUUCAUUCCAAGCAGCUGAUUUUGGUGUGGUGAUGAUUCCCAGACGAUUGACCGUUGAUCCUGAUGGCAACCCUCGAUUGUACAGCCUGCAAGAGACAGAUUGGGUUGUGACAUGGCAAGCGUUGUCUCUCCCAUGCCAGAUUCAUGGAAUCUGUGGACCCAAUAGUCUGUGUAGUUAUCAUCAUGCUACUGGCAGGAGAUGUGAGUGCUUAAAUGGCUUCAAGAGGAAGAAUUUAACUGACUGGUCUUAUGGGUGUGAGCCAGAGUUCAAUAUCCAUUGCAAUCAAACCGAUGGGUUCAGUUUUGUUCAGCUUGCUGAAGUUGAGUUCUAUGGCUCUGAUAUAGAGUUCACGCGUAAUCUAAAUUUUACAGGCUGCGAAGAACGAUGCUUGAUGAGGUGUGAUUGCAAAGGGUUCCAGUUCAGUUUUAUCCCUGAUGAAGGUGUCUAUCAUUGUUUCCCCAAGUUCAUGCUUCUCAACGGACAACGUACGCCAAAUUUUGGGGGAAACUUCUAUUUACGACUACCUAGAGCUGGUCUUUUCCAUACCAAGACGCCAGAUAAAGAAUCAGAGUUGGAAUGUUCACGCGAAGUUCCUAAGCAAGUACAAACAACGUAUGAAAAUGAGAUGGUGAAGCUUUUGCUUUGGUUUGCCACCGCAGUGGGAGGACUAAUAGACAUUCAGACCCAGCUGAACAAGGAUACCUGCUGA